AUGUCGCGUCGAACGAUCGCGUCGGCGUUCGCGAGCGCGAAACCGAAGCACUCGGACGUCGCCGAGGCGUGGCCGACGGUGCCGCAGCGCGAUUUCGACGCGUCGCUGCGAUGCGCGAUUUGCGCCGAGUUUUACGCCAUGCCGGUGACGUUUCGCGCGUGUCAGCACGCGUUCUGCUCCGAUUGCGCGCGAAGAUCGCUGCCGACGAUGCACAAGUGUCCGACGUGCCGCGAACCGGCGGAGGAGUCGGAUUUAGUCCCGGCGAAGGCGCUGGAGGAGGUGGUGGAGAGAUUUAAAAAGAUUCGCGACGAACUCCUCGACGCGGCGUUGACGGCGAGGACGGCGGCGGCGACGAAAACGAGCCAACGACGCGCGGAGAGGACGUCGCGAGCGAAAGUGGCUCGACCGGUGAUCGAACAGGCGGACGAAUUCGAAGACGAUGGGGCCAUCGUGUUGGACGACGGAAGCGACGACGACGGAGACGGAAACGACGCGAGCGAUUCCGCGACGGAUGGGGGGCUCGGAACGUCGCCGACGGCGCACAGGCGAGACGGUUCUGAUAACGUCGCGUGUCCGGUGUGUUGCGCGCAAGUGCCGUCGAGGGAGAUUAACUCUCAUCUCAACUCGUGUUUGGUGCGCAACGAACCGCUUUCGUCGCCGGGCGGGGGGGGCGCAAAGAAACGCGCGCGUUCGGUUGAAGAAACGACGUCGACGGCUCUCACGCGUCGACUGCCAAAGCUUGCGUAUCACGUCUUCACGUUGAACAAGAUACGCGAGCUGUGCAAAAAAGAAGGCUUGGCGUCCAACGGCGACAAAAAGAUGCUCGAGGCGAGGCACAAGGAGUUCACGACGCGCGUGAAUUCCAUCAUAGGAUACGGACGCGUGCCGGAUUUACCCGCGAUCGCGCGUGAAGUCAAUCGCGAAGAAGCGCGCAAGGUAGGUGCGGGCGCCAAAGCUCGCAUGUUCAACACGGUGGCGACGAGCAGGGAGAAGGCGACGGCGGCGGCGGCGAAGACGAGCGACGCCACCUUCGCUCGACUCAUCGAGGAAGUUCGAAGUAGACAAAAGGCUGCAAAGGAAGAGGCAAGCGGCGAAACGCAAACCACCGAAGUGAUUUCUAUCGGUACCGACGACGAGAACAAGACGAGCGCGUUGGGGGGCAAAUCUUCGCCGACGACUUCGGAAGACGAAGACUGGCACGACGAAGAAAUCUUACCGCUGAGCCAAGCGGCGCCGCGAUGGGUGCCGACGGACGACGAAGACGAGUGA